ACCCCCGAAGCCCCCGCUAACAAGCGCGCCCACAUAUCGACACCUAAAGUCCCGCUGCUGCAGUGAGUCGAGCCGCUGCCAACCUUCGUCCCACGGUGCUACUGGAGGAGUAACAACGCGGCUUCCGUUUGACGCUUCCCUGUCUCGCGGUCUUUCUCUCUCUGGCAGCUGACUCAAUCCCCAACGAGAGACUCGGCUAAAGGGGCGGCAAGGGAACGUCCUCUCGGGUGGACAGUCCUGAAGACGAAGCCAGGUCUUUUUCUUCAGGACUGGUUUGGAUUGAGAGUAAACAAUUAGGGGUUUUGGCCCAACAUUGAUCGACACCCAACAACAGGAAGAACAUCUACACUUUUCUUCAUGGUGGAUAAAAGGAGGCGACAUGUCGAGACCCCCUUCGUCGCAGACAACUCCUCAGACCUACAGGGUCAACGACAGAGACCUGACUGAAAUUGAGCUCCAUUCUGUGGACUCCAUUAACGACCUUCACCGGACACACCCGGAACACAACCACAAAGGAUCGAGGCCCCCCCGGCCCACGUAUACACCUUCUGUGAAUGGACACGUGCGCCACAUGACCGGCGUGGGUGGACCAGGGGGUCAGUGGCCGAGUGGUGUUCAGGACAUGCUGAGUGGCAGCUCGUCACGAGUGUACGCCAUGGCGUGUGGCGUCACCACCCUGCUCCUCAUCACCCUCCUGCUCAUGUUCUACUUCCUGGUGCAACAGGGCAGCGUGCUGUGGAGGCUGACGGGCGCCGUGAGGGACAAGGAGGCCACCACUGCAGAACUCUCCCUGCUCAUCCAGCAACUACAACAGCUGACACGCAACCUGACGGCCAGUAGAGGGCGCACGUGAGAGGAGGAGGAGGAGGCGGAGCCAACCAAUUCAUUAUGCCCAACAAAGAAAAACUGCUGAUUUGAGGGAUGCUACUUUCAUCUUUACUUCCUUUAUUGUCCUGAUUUUUGACAUUUUUAAAGGUUUUCGUGGGAAAAUGUAUGUUUUAAUGUU